CCUUUCUUGCUCCAGUUUUUUAUGAUCUGACCUUUUAUAUCUAGGAUAUGUGUUAUUCUGGCACUUAUUUUGGUAUUUGGUAUUAGUUAUUUUUUCUAUAACUAGGCAAAGCAUUAUACUGGAAGUUGGAGAUGGAAACCUAAAAUGCUGAAAUACGGAAUAAGAAUUUGCUGAAUGUGUGCUAGUUUUAUUUCCAAGAAGAAACUGUGUCCCAAGGACUUAUCAUUCUCAUGUUUCUUCCUUAUUUCCUAGCACAGGACUGAACAGACUCUAAAUCCCCUUAAAUACUUCAGAAUUUAUUCAGAAAAGAGUGGUUUAUGGAAAAGGGUUUCUUCUGCUUUAAGACCUGCAACCAGUAGGUUGAUUGGACCUAACAAGCUUCAUAAGAACCAUCUGUGGCUACCCUGCCCCAUGAUAAAAGGAAAAUGAAGUAGGGGUGAGCAUAGAGGCAGUGUAGUUGAGGAAGCAAGGGCAGAAACACAAGGCAGAAUGGAAUGACUAGGGGUUAAGGAAGACCAGAAGGCUGGGACUGCAAAGGUUUUUGGGGGACUACAAAAGAUACCCAAGAAGUUUAUGUGAAGAUAGAAGGUCUACACCGGUAACAAAUAGUUAUAUGACAAAGCAAGGUGGAUAAUUGGUUGAAGGAGGGGCAUAAAUGGAGGCUAGAGUAACUGGAGUUCAGAAGUCUGGAAGAUCCCUGGGGGCUAAGAUUGUCUGGACAACCCUUAUCUGUCUCCCCUCCUCUUCUCACAGCCUAAGGUGCCUUUAAAACUCCCUCCUCAAGCAUCAUGCCUUUAACCAGAGUCAGAAGUAAGGCUGAAAAGUCCUUGGCCCUGCUCUGGGGCUGUGAGUUGAACUGGAGUAAUCGCUCAUAUACCUUUGACCCCUUGGAAAAUGGGAAUGGUGAUCAUAAAUUGAUGCUGCACCUGAUCUGCCUAGGAGAGAAGAGCAAUGAUGAUGUGACCAUAGUGGAGAUCAUAUCACCUCCUAAUGAAGAUGGCAAACAGAGACCACCGGUUCCCAUUGCCACAUUGAAGCCCUCAGUCCUGCCCAUGGUCAACAUUUCAGGAAUGGAACUCACUCCCCCCAUUACUUUCCACCUUCGGUGUGGCUCAGGGCCAGUCUAUAUCAGUGGCCAUGAUCUUACUGUAAAUUUAGACCAGUCCUGGAAGGAAGUAGAAGGGAAUGAGGAAGACACAGAAGUGGUAGAGGACGAAGAGGACGAAGAAGAAGAAAAUGAUAAUGAUGACGACAAUGAUGAUGAUGAUGAUGAUAAUUAUGAAGAGGAGGAGGAUGAGGAAGAAGAAGAAGAAGAAGAAGAGGAGGAGGAAGAGGAAGAUUCUAAUGAGAUAGCCCUGGAUGAGAUUUCUCCAUCUAAGCCAGGCAAACGACUAGCUUCCGACAGGAAGACUGGUGUUGCAAAGAAAAAGAAGCUGGAUGAAAAGGAGAGAGCCUCAUCCCUGAGGAGCCCUGAAAUGAAGGCCAAAGACAAGAAGGCAAGGGCAAAAUCCAAGAAAUAAAGGCAAUCUCAGAAGGGGGAGUAAAGGAUCAAGAAACGGAACAGGAACUGGGCGAAAAAUGAUCACAAUUUAAAAGAUAGUUUCUCUCUGCAACUCUGGCUUCUUGGGCGACUUUCCCCUGUCCACCCCAUCACCCCACCUGGCUGGUCACAGCCUUGGCCCUUCCCACUUCCAACUACAUGCAGUUGACCUGGACCUCCAGCAGAGGUCACGCCUGUGCCGCUAAUGCAAGCGGUCCUUCCAGGGCAGUCCUGCUCCCAAUCCUGAGCAAUGCCUUGGGACCACUUUUCCUCAACUCGGAGCCACCUCUGGCAGAGCAGCGGACACCUCCCAAGGUCUUCCUCCCUUUGUCUGGGAGUUCUCAUCUUAAAGGAGGCCACUUGUUGGGGUUUUGUCUUUUUCAUAAAUUCUUCCGUCUUCUACUUUG